UUCUGUCACAAGUGAAAUUUCAGUCUAAUGCGCCCCAUGUAUUCACAAUGCUAUGGUUCGACAAAAAACCAUACAACCUGCGCAACCAAGCAGGCCACAAACGAAAAGCGCCCAUCAACACCCAGCUUCCCAUCGAGAAGAAACGCCUGCGAAAUUUCGACCACAUCAACUCCCUGCCGAACGAAAUCCUCCUCUACAUCUUCUCCUUCCUCCACAUAGAAGACCUUUACUUCAACGUGCGCCCGGUGUGUACCAGAUGGCACGCCAUCGCCAUGAUGUCUUCGGCCUGGACGAACGUGAGUGCUUCCAGGAACAUCCCCACACACAUCGUGAAGCGGUGGAUCCAGUCCUCGCCGCUGAUAAAGCGGUUUAAGAUAAGCAACAGAAAUGACGCCGACGUCAUUGUGGAGAACGUGGCGAAGUAUUCGGCUCUCUUGGAGUCCAUAACAAUCGAGGACUGUUGGGGUUCUCCGGAACGGAUUUACUUGCGAAGUAGCGCUCUUUGGUGAAGAUACGGUCUUGCAAGUUUUUCAAACUUUUGGCGAAGAGGAAGAAUCACGCCCAAUCUUUCCAAUUGUCUUACAUCGGUCCCGUGACUAAUAAGCAAUUUAACGCGUUGAAGGAGUCUUGCUCCGGGUGGAUUUUCACGGAGUUUAUCGAAAUUGAUGACAGUAGCGACUAAAUUCCGGUCAUUGUUAAUUAAGAGUCACUGUUGAUAAGUGUAUAAGUGCAACUUGAAAUAUAAAGUGUUCCACGAAGAGUGUUGUAAAACGUAACCUGUAUUGUAUUUGAAUUUCUUGUCGAAUUUGUUCCUUCAAAUAUAGUUCUUUUCGAAA